GUUGCGUCAGUCAUCUGAUUCAAAAUGCCCGAACCCGCCAAGUCUGCGCCCAAGAAAGGCUCCAAGAAAGCCGUGACCAAGACGGCCGGCAAAGGAGGAAAGAAGAAGAGGAAGACCAGGAAGGAGAGCUACGCCAUCUACGUCUACAAGGUUCUGAAGCAGGUCCAUCCUGACACCGGCAUCUCCUCCAAGGCCAUGAGCAUCAUGAACUCCUUCGUGAACGACAUCUUUGAGCGCAUCGCCUCCGAAGCCUCUCGUCUAGCUCACUACAACAAGCGCUCCACCAUCACCUCCAGGGAGAUCCAGACUGCUGUGCGCCUCCUACUGCCCGGCGAGCUGGCUAAGCACGCCGUGUCCGAGGGCACCAAGGCCGUUACCAAGUACACGAGCUCCAAGUAAACUCCUACUGCCACGAAAA